AUGUCUGCUAGCCAGAGCGACAAGUCCGUUUUCGGCAUGCCCGGAUUCGUUGUCGACUUCAUGAUGGGUGGUGUUUCCGCCGCUGUCUCCAAGACCGCUGCCGCCCCCAUCGAGCGUAUCAAGCUCCUCAUCCAGAACCAGGAUGAGAUGCUUCGCGCCGGUCGUCUCGACCGCAAGUACAACGGUAUCAUGGACUGCUUCCGUCGUACUGCCGCCUCUGAGGGUGUUGCCUCUCUCUGGCGUGGUAACACUGCCAACGUCAUCCGUUACUUCCCCACCCAGGCUCUUAACUUUGCCUUCCGUGACACCUACAAGUCCAUGUUCGCCUACAAGAAGGACCGUGAUGGAUACGCCAAGUGGAUGAUGGGUAACCUUGCCUCCGGUGGUGCUGCUGGUGCCACUUCCCUUCUCUUCGUCUACUCUCUUGACUACGCCCGUACCCGUCUUGCCAACGAUGCUAAGUCCGCCAAGGGUGGUGGUGAGCGUCAGUUCAACGGUCUCGUUGAUGUCUACAAGAAGACUCUUGCUUCUGAUGGUAUUGCUGGUCUCUACCGUGGUUUCGGUCCCUCUGUUCUUGGUAUUGUUGUCUACCGUGGUCUGUACUUCGGCAUGUACGACUCCAUCAAGCCUGUUGUCCUGGUUGGUCCUCUUGAGGGUAACUUCCUUGCUUCCUUCCUUCUCGGCUGGACUGUCACCACUGGUGCUGGUAUUGCUUCUUACCCUCUUGACACCGUCCGUCGUCGUAUGAUGAUGACCUCUGGUGAGGCCGUCAAGUACAACUCUUCCUUCGAUGCUUUCCGCCAGAUCGUCGCCAAGGAGGGUGUCAAGUCUCUCUUCAAGGGUGCUGGUGCUAACAUCCUCCGUGGUGUUGCCGGUGCUGGUGUCCUGUCCAUCUACGACCAGGUCCAGCUCAUCCUCUUCGGCAAGAAGUUCAAAUAG